AUGGAUGUCUCUUUUCAUCACAAGACCCCCAGGCACAAGCAGUAUUUGGCCAUACCUACCCUGCUGAAGGCCAGAACAUCCAGGAGAUGUGGUGAGACUUCAGCUGUCCUCAAGGACAGGAAGAGAGGCACAGAGAACAGCACAGGCAAAGGCUGGGUCUGUUACCGCGUUGCAUCUGCAUCUCUUUCGGUCCACCUGCGCGCGGGGAGCCAGCCACAUGGCUGGGUGCAGGGCACCGGACUCGAAGCCUGGGGAAGAGCCGCAGGACUGAAGAGCGCCCCCUGGAGGCGGAAGGAGGCCCGGGCCAAGCCCCCUCUCUGCCCCGCCCCAGGCCCCGCCCCGGUCUGUCCGCGGAAGAGAAGGCGCCGGCGCCUCCCGCGGCAGGAGUCGCUUCUCCGCGGCCUCUUUCGUCCCCUGCGUCCCUACCCGGGCUUCCGAAAGUCUGACUCAGCCGAGCCCGCAUCGCUUCACCUCCUACAACACACCCGGAGCGCGCGGAGAGAUUACAGGAUUGCAGGGGCACGGCUAGUGCGCUGUAAUUACCUACCGCCGCUCUCCUGCGCGGCGCUCGGCAGCACGGGGACCACGCGCCGUAAUUAG